CGCACCGGGACCCGCAGAGGUGCGCACGCCACGCGCUCUAUGUAGUUAGCGAAUUUGACGCUUUCUUGGAAGAAACUUGAUGUCAAAUUUUGUGAAGCGUGCUCAGUGUUUGUGUGUGGAUUUAUUUAUAUUUGAUUACCAGUAGAACCAUUUAAUGAAGACUUCCCAAUGGAUUAUAGUGUUGUGUUGUGUGAAGUGGAUGCGAGCGCGUUGAAAUCUAAUGUACUAUGACGAUGUGCGCUAGAGUUGUUUUAGUGCUAUUCGCACUUGUUGAGACGGCGAUAUGUUGUAAUUUUUACCCAUCGGGCGAGUAUCUCAAGUUCGUGAGAAUACCAGAAAACCUCAGCGUUGGAGAAGAAGUCUUACAAGUUGAAGUACAUCCGAGAAAGAACCUGGUACUACAGCCCGUGGACAGAGAAGAUGACUCUAACCUGUUCACCUACAGAGACAUUAACAGAACCCAUGUCUCAGUUGUGCUGGCCCAGAGCGUGGACUCAUUAGUGGACAAUGAUUCUCCUCAGAAUGUCGUCAAGUUCAGGCUUGGUUGCGACUUCGAUACUGGAGAUGAUCUGAUAUCCGCAUAUUUGUCGGUGACAGUAUACAUAGAAGAUAUAAAUGACAACGUACCUAUGUUUCUGGAUACGCCAUACCGAAUCACGGUAGAUGAACUUACUCCACCAGGUUUAACGAUCUUCAAAGGUAUCCGUGCCUUUGACCGUGAUAAACCUAACACGCCCAACUCUGACGUCCAAUACACCAUCACCUCUGGCGAUGAUAAUGGCCGUUUUGUACUUGAAAGUUCUCAUAAACCAUAUCUUAUAUUAAACAAACCGUUGGAUUUCGAUACCGGAGAUAAAGAGUUCGUUCUUGCUAUAACCGCAUCGGAUCGUGGUUCACCGCCUCGCAGCUCCAACGCCACUGUUCACAUCGUGGUACAGGAUAAUGAUGAUCUUCCUCCAAAAUUUACUUUUGAUGUCUACAGGACUAAAAUUCCUGAAUUUUAUCCAAUUCUCGGCAAAAGGAUUCACAAGGAACUCGUGUUCGCUCACCCAAUCCGAGCGUUUGACCAGGACGCAGGUGUCGCGGCGCCUGUUCGAUACGAGUUAGUCUCCGGGAACGAUCGCCGAUUGUUUUUACUCAGCGCACUCAAUGGUAGCUUAUUUUUGGAGAAAGAGGUGGACUUAGAUGCUGAGACAGCUUUACCUGGCAACACCUUCGUAUUACAAAUUCAAGCAUCUCAAGUGGACAAUCCUCUCAAAGUGGCGCAAGCUAGAGUCGAAAUUGAGAUAAUGGAUUUGAAUGACAAUCUUCCAGAUUUUGAGGUGGAUUUCUACAAUAUCAGUAUUGUGGAGAAUUUGCCAAACGGUUUCAGUGUUUUGCAAGUUAUGGCAACUGACAAAGAUCAAGGGGAUAACGGCGAAUUUACAUAUCAAUUAAAUGAUCCAAAGGGCGCAUUUUCAAUAGACCCACGGACCGGUUGGCUUACUGUUAGGAAUCAAACUGAAUUGGAUCGUGAACAACAUUCCUCAUUAAGAAUGAAAGUAUACGCAAAUGAAAAAAAUCCUAGCGUGGUUGGCACUUUUUUAGAUAAGCAAAGACUACCGAAAUGGCACCGAUCACCUUCCACCUCUAGAACACCUUUAAAAGACAAAACAACCUACGUUUUUCCAGACAAAACUGGCUCCAGUAGUGAAAACGUAGAGUAUUUUGAAGAAUCACGUCAACUGAUGUCGUUUGUUACUGUUGAAGUAACAUUACUAGAUGCAAAUGAUAAUAAUCCUGUAUUUAUACCAAGCAAUUUGUAUGAGUUCACAGUCAAAUAUGAUGCAUUUGUUGGUACUGAAAUUGGUAAAGUUAAAGCAGUGGAUCCAGACUUAGGAAGAAACGGAAUGGUUCUUUAUGAUUUACAGAGAACGAGCAACUUAACUAUUACGUCUCCUUUUCAAGUGGAUGCUGAAACUGGAAUGAUAAUUUUGGUAGAGUCACCAAUAUUAGAAGGAAGACAUGCUUUGUUUAUAGAAGCAUCUGACCGUCCAGCUAAUCCUAGUGAACGAAGAUAUUCAUUGGCUGUAGUCACGAUCGAUGUAAUCGGAGAUCAUAAAGGUUCAAAAGCAGACAAACCAGAUUUUAUAGGAUCUCCGUAUGAAUUUUGGGUUGGUUCUAAUGUUGGUAUUGGAACGAGUGUUGGACAAAUCAAAGUAAAUGAUGCUAUGAAAAAGAGUGAUGUUACAUACGAUUUGUUGCAUGGAUAUGAAGAAGGAGUGCCAUUUGCAGUUGAAGAGAGAUCGGGGGUAAUCACUGUUAUAAAUGAGCUCUCUAAGUUUGAUAGACCCUUGUUCGAUUUCGAAGCUGUGGCAAUACAAGAAAAGCUCAACAUCACAAUAUCAACAAAUGCCACAGUACAUGUUGUUGAUGUUAAUGACGAGAGAGGUGUCUUUUUGAAGGGAACGCAUUCACCGUUUGUAUUUCAUGUCAAAGAAAAUGUAGCUGGGGCUAUAAUUGGUCAUAUUUUCCCUGUAAAUUCAAGUUCUUUUUCAAACAAUAGUGGAAAUAUCAAUUUCAUUAUUGCAAAUCAACUAGAUGUCGCUGAUGAAAUUGCAAUUGGUCCAGAUGGAACUAUUUAUGCACAAAAGUCCUUGGAUAGAGAAAAAAGAGAUGUUUAUAGAAUGACAGUCAUUGCUGAAUUCAACAAAGGCGUAAUAUCCGGUGCCGGAUUGUAUCAAAUUUUAAUACACGUUGACGAUGAAAAUGAUAACCCACCUAUAUUUGAUAUGUCAGUUUAUGAAGGUUUUAUCACAGAAAAUGCCAAAACUGGAACAGAAGUAAAAAUGAGUAAUAGAAUACAAGCUAAAGAUUCUGACAUAGGUCAAAACGCGGUCUUUAUGUACACUUUAUUUGGCGAUGGACAUGAUUUAUUCAAUGUCAAUGACGAAACAGGAGUUCUAACAUACGUUGGAAGUAAAUUGGAUCGAGAAGAAAAAAGUGUUUAUUUAUUAAAAUUGGUUGCUAGAGAUAAGGGCAGUUUGAAGUCAGAAGCAAAGUUAACCAUUAACAUUUUAGAUGAAAAUGACAAUAAGCCUAAAUAUAAGAAAAUUAUAAUUCCAUUCGGAGAGCCAGUAGACUUAUUAGAAGUUGAUGAACAAACAUCGCUAAAAAUAUAUAAAGAAAAAAUUAAUAACAUUACUGGGAAUGUAUCUAAAUUGGAAGCCAAACCAAAAAAUAAAUUUCCUGUGACUGAAAAUGCUCCAUUAUUUUUAGUACCCGAAAAUAUUGCGGUAGGGACAACUAUAUUAAAGUUAAAUGCUAUUGAUAUGGAUAGCGGGGUAAAUGGACAACUACGCUAUGAAUUUGUGUCUGAAGUAUUUAUGCCUCCUUACGCUCUGCCUGCUAAUGCAUUGCAAGUGAAAAGAUAUUUCGUCAUCGAUGAAAGACAUGGUCAUAUUGUUGUAGCGAGAGCGUUGCCGCCAGAAUCAGAGUUUCGUUUAAAUAUUUCGGCAUUGGAUGGUGGAGAUUUAAGCGAUCAUAUAACAAUUAGAUUGUUUGUAAAAGACGUUAACGACCAUUUUCCAAUGUUCAAAAAAGCAUGGUAUAACUUUAAUGUAGAAGAAGCUCAGUACAGCCGAAGAGUUUUAGGAAAGGUCGAUGCAACAGAUGCUGAUUUUGGUCAAAAUUCAAACUUAACAUAUUUUCUUCAACCAUCAAGUAAAGAUAUUCCGUUUGAAAUAUCUUCGUUGAAUGGUGUAUUGAGUGUCAAUGGUGUUCUUGAUAGAGAAAAAGAAGAUAAAUAUACUUUAACUGUUGUAGCGCGAGACAAUGGACAGGACAAAAAAUUAUCUUCCUCCGUGAGUGUGGAAAUUCAGGUACUUGAUGUUAAUGAUAUUGCUCCUAAGUUUUUUGCUUAUGAUGACUUAUUAGAAUGGAAACACCCAGAAGCAGAUGAACUUUCAAAUCACAAUUUUGAAUCAGUCAUGAUGAUGCCAGUUUACAAGGCGACAUUGGAAGAAAAUGCUCCUAUUGGUACAACUGUGACAAGAGUUUAUGCAAACGAUUCAGAUUUUGUUGGAAAUGGAAAUGGAUUAAUUCUUUAUAGUUUACCUCAAAGAAAAAAUCAAAUGAAUAUGUUUACUAUCGACUCCAAGGAAGGCAUACUAACUACAACAACACGAUUAGAUUAUGAAAGUCAAAAGGUACAUAAUGUCACAGUAGUAGCCUCAGACUUAGGGUCUCCAAGCUUAAGUUCCACUGCUAUAGUUAUGUUAAGUGUCAAAGACAUCCCUGAUGAAGUAGAAGUAUCUGAUAAGCCAGUAUUUAUUUCACGCUAUUAUGAAUUAGAAAUUGAAGAAAACGUGCACACGCCAGUUGAACUAGUCACUCUCAAUUUGACAGAACACUAUGAAAAUUUCAAAAUGAAAUAUUUUGUUUUAAAUGAUAAUGAUACAGAUAUCAAGAAAUCAUUCGUAAUCGAUCCUCGGAACGGAACACUGUAUUUAAUAAGAAGUCCUGAUCGAGAGAUAAGAGACACGUAUGAAAUAAUUGUUCGAGUAGAAAGACAAAAAAUAAGUAGAGAACUUCCGCAUAUGAUUUAUCCCGUUGCAGACGAUGUUCUUGAAGGAAUGUCAAAAUACGAUGUUAAGGUAGUAGUCAGGAUCAAGGACGUUAAUGACAACCCUCCUAAAUUCAUGAAUGGUGGGCGGCCAAUGGUAACAGCUAUACCUACCACUGCACCAUUUGGGUAUGAAGUUAUACAGUUACAGGCAUCAGAUGCUGAUAUUGGUAUAAACUCAGACAUUCGUUACCAAGUGAUUAACUCUGAAGGAGCUCGGUUUAGCGUAGACUCGAUCAGUGGAAGAGUCAGAGUUGCCGGCAGUUUUCAAAGGGAUGCUGGACGAGUUAUUGGAUUUGAUGUUAAAGCUACAGAUCGACGUGGCGCCGAUGAUGGUCGUUCGGCUAUUGUCAAUGUAUUUGUAUAUGUUCUAAAUGAGAACAAGCAAUUAGUUAUGGUAUUGGGAGGUAAACCAGUAGAGGUGGAAAAAGAAAUGGAUAAUAUUACGAAACAUCUUUCAAACAUGACAGGUUUUGAUAUUCGUGUGCGAAGAAUUGAGACCAGCCCUAAGGGAGCCAUGGAUGGUUACGCGACAAAUAUGUACAUUUAUGCCGUUGAUCCCAUAUCUAAUGCGAUUAUUGAUAUGGAAGUACUACAAAAAUCUUUAACAAAAAGAGAAGUGUUUCUACGUCACAAUCUAGCUGGUUUUAAGGUUUUGGAAGUCGGAGACACUGCUAUGGUUCAAGCUAGAAGCGGUCAGAUGUUGAGCACUAUGGAAAUAAGUGUGGUGGCUUUAGGAUGUAUUGUAUUUAUUGGAGCCUGUACGACUGCCAUCUGCAUAUUAUGUGUUAAGAAAACGAGAAGAAACCGCCACAAACCAUUUUCCCAACAACGUCUUAAUGCUUUCUCAACUGAGCACCUUACUAAAUACGGAGGUCUGUUUCCAUCUGGAAACAAUCAGUGUCAAGAACUCAACCAGUCGUUUAGCGAAGCCGAUUCGUACGUCGAUGUUAUAAAUCAAAGUACGCUGAAGAAAACGUGUCCUCAUGGAAAUGCCGUGGAAGAAUUUGGGAAGGCCCAUCAGAAAUGUGUAAAGGGGCAGUUUACAGACAUUAAUGGAAAAGAAAAGCAUGAGCGAAUGUGUAUUAAAUUUAAUCAACGUUCUAUGCAGAAAAGGAAAGGUCAAGACACAUCGAUAACGUCAGUGAAUUCCAGUGGCCAGGACUCGGGAAUCGCUGAAGCGAGGUGUCCUUGUGGGCAGUCCACCACCCACACCUCGGAGGAGAGCAGCGGAUGUAGCUACGAAGACUCAUUAAAAUCCAAUAAUAAUCAGGAUAGAAAAUCCUUCCAUGCUGAUCAAGAUAACAGAUUCAUUCGUCGAGCAUCAUUCAAUCACCAGCCCGUAGACACAAGAAGAUAUAACCACCGGCGACAAUCUUUCUCAGAAAAUUUACAAAGACAUUUCCCAUCCUUUGAAAGAAUCGGAUCAGGUGGAAGAAUAUCUAGACAGAUUUCUACACCAAAUGUGAGUACACAACCGUCAUACUUCUUAAAUGGUAAGAAAAACUAUAGAAAAAAGGAAGUGAUCAAUGAACCGAUGGUCGAUUAUGAUCACAGUGAAGUUGAUGAUGUUUUUGAUACAAGACUAGAUAGAAGAUUGAGUGGUAAAAAUAAUAGAAAAGGAAGUUUCAUGGAUUUGGGCCAAACGGCAGUUUUCGUUGCGACUCCGGCCACUGCUGAAAUAAUAAGAAGACAAGGAAGUGAACGGAUUAUGUUCGCGAGACCUUUAUAGCACCGAACACAAAUUGAGUUUAUUAAUGAUUUAAUUUUUUAAUCUAGAUACGUACCUACCGAUGUAAAUACAUAUUUAGUUUAAUAUGGUCUUAUUAAAAAUGUAAAUAAUUUGUGAUAUAAUAAUUAGUUAUGAUGAAUGUAUUUAUGUAAAUAAUUAUAAAUUAAUUCGAUGUAUAUACUCACGAGGCUUUAGAAAGUUAUAUAAUAAUACGUAUUGAUUGUCUACGUUUUGGUAAUACUUCGCCCGAUGAUAUGUUAUUAUAUGUUGCAGUUGUGCCAUUCGGAAAUGCUUUUUUAUCAUCGAGACAUUACCAUCUUCGUAGUUUAAAUUAUUCAAUAAAGCCUAUUUUAUUUCUUAAAUGUAAAUUAA